AUGGCACCACAUGUUACCGACGAUGACGGUGUCCCUGCUACCAAGCACUCAUCGGCCUCUCUUUCUAUAGCAAAGUCUGCUCAAUUUGGACAGCAAAACUUGCUGAGUACAUGCCUGGGCAUGACCAACAAUCUUUCCCAGCUCCUACAGACAGCAAGCACGACAACAAACGGACUGACAUUCUACAAACCCGGAAACGAGGGACUGGAGCCUACCUUCGUCUCAUAUUUCGACCUUCUAGAGGAGGCAACGCACAAGGCUCGCUUGCUGAGUACUAUCGAGGACCUAACUCCAUCAACCGUGCUUCUCCUCCAUUUUGACAGCCAGCAUGACACCAUUGAAUGGUUCUGGGCAGCAACACUUGCAGGCAUCCUACCAGCAAUUUCGACGCCGUUGGUGAAUGAUGCUGUGCAGAGAAACAAACAUCUCAAACACCUUCAGACACUUCUUCAGCAACCCGUCAUUUUGACUGCGAAGCAUUUAAUCCCUGAAUUUGAUGGUAUUGAAGGUCUACGUCUACACGCGGCUGAGUUACUGGAGUGCAACCAUUCCACAUCUCCAUCUGUGUCUAUAACUGGAAUCAAGAAGCAGAAGGGGGAUUUAGCUGUGCUUAUGCUAACUUCUGGAAGCACUGGCAACGCGAAAGCAGUGGCACUUCGACAUGGUCAGAUCAUAAAGGCAGUGCAAAGCAAGAGCUCUUUCCAUGCCAUCGCUCCUGGGGAUCCAUUUCUCAACUGGGUAGGCAUGGACCACGUCGCAAGUCUGACUGAAAUACACCUGCACGCCAUGAGCCUGGGAAGCGAUCAAGUACAUGUUCCAGCUAUAGAGCUCCUACGCAAUCCGUUACGCUUUAUAGAGCUUCUCGAUAUGCACAAGAUCGUCUAUACAUUUGCCCCAAAUUUCUUCCUUGCAAAAAUCCUAAAUAGCUUGAAAGCAAACCAGACCAUGACGGCGGAUCUGUCGCGACUCAAAGCUUUCAUUGCUGGAGCUGAGGCCAGCGUGGUAACGACUUGUGACGCACUGACUCGCGAGUUUCGUCGAUUUGGCGUUCAGGCAGAAGUUAUUCGACCUGGAUUCGGCAUGACGGAGAUGUGUGGAGGGACCAUCUACUCGCUGGCAUGCCCAUCAUACGACCUCGCGGCUGGACUUGAGUUUGCGAACUUGGGGACUUGCAUUCCAGGGGUUGAAAUGAGAGUCGUGGAUUUAAACAACAAAACAGAGAAGGCGCCCGAUGGUGAAGUGGGAGAGUUUCAAGUUUCUGGGCCAGUUGUUUUUAAUCAUUACUUCAACAAUGCGGAGGCAACUGCCAAUUCAUUCUCGGCAGAUGGGUGGUUCAUAACUGGGGAUCUCGCAAGGAUCGAUGAAGCAGGAAACCUGAUUCUUGCUGGGCGCACCAAAGAUAUUAUUGUGAUCAAUGGUAUCAAGUGGAGCUCAACGGAUAUCGAAACGGCCAUUGAAGAGGAAGGAAUUGCCGGUCUUAUUCCAACGUUCACCGUUGCCUUUUCACACCGAGCAGCCGAUUCGCCCACCGAAGACCUUGCUAUUGUGUACUCUCCCGCUUAUGCCCCAGAAGAUGAUCAGGCUCGAUUCGAGACAGCAGCAAUCAUCGCAAAAAUAGUAGCCCUAAAUACAGGUUGGAAGCCAGCUCGCUUGAUUCCACUUCCUCAGCAGAUGCUCGAAAAGUCUUCUUUAGGCAAGAUUUCGCGCAGCAAAGUCCGUGCAGCGUUAGAGAACGGUGAAUAUCACGUCUUUGAGAAAGAAGAUUCGGAGGCCCUUAGGCGCUAUCAAGAUUCCAAAUGGCGAAGCCCAGAAACAAAGACUGCAAAGUUGAUUCAAAGUAUAUUGGCCGAGCUUCUCAAGAUUUCAUCUGAUGAUAUAAGUUUGGAUUCGUCUAUUUUUGACUUGGGUGUUAACUCGUUCAAUUUGAUGCUUCUCAAAGCCAAAGUUCAGGAUGCAUUGGAAACGAAGAUUGAUAUUCCUAUAUCUGUGUUGUUAACAGAGCCAACCGUGGGCACUAUUGCCUCAUCGAUUGAAACAGUCGUCUCCGAACAGCCAGUCUACAACCCCAUCGUCCCUCUGCAACCAAACGGCACCAAAGUACCAUUGUUCCUCGUCCACCCUGGCAGCGGUGACAUAAUCGUCUUUAUCGCACUGGCAGCACACUUCCCAACCCGCCCAGUGUAUGCGAUUCGUACUAGGGGCUACAAUCCAAACGAAGGCCUGUUCUCAUCAAUUCGCGAGACAGCAGAAACAUACGCAAAUUAUAUUCGCCAAACACAGCCUGAGGGCCCGUAUGCUAUAGCAGGAUAUUCACUUGGCUCAACACUUGCGUAUGAGGUAGGCAAGGAGCUCGAGGCGCAGGGGCAAGAGGUUCGCUUCUUGGCUAGUAUUGACUAUCCACCCCGUGUUGCACAUUAUGUUCAAGACCUUGACUGGAUUGAUGUGCUGCUUCAUAUUUCUUUUUAUCUGGAGCUUAUAGAUGAGUCCACCAUGCUCGAAAUCACGCCACACAUGCGCACCCUGGAUCGUGAAGCGGCCGUGAAACGCAUAUUUAAUAUCGGUGAUGUGAAGCGUAUGCAGGCAUUGGCUCUUGAUGCAAAGCGCCUGGUACUAAUUACUGAUAUCACGGAAAAUCUCCGACUCAAUCUAAAAUCCUAUGAGCCAGUUGGCACAGUUGACCAGAUGGAUGUCUUCGUGGCAGAUCCACCAAAAUACGCAGCUCGCGAUCGACAGGAUUGGAAAGAAAAUAAGCUAGGUCAAUGGGCGGGUUUUGUACGAACCAGUAUUGAGUUUCACGAUUGCCCAGGCAUUCAUGCUAAGAUGUUGAACCGUGAGCACACAGUUGAUUUCGCUAGGAUUUUGAAGGCGGCUAUGAGGAGGAGGGGAGUCUGA